AUGGCGGGGCUCGACCACCUCAUCGCCGACGAUCUUCGACGUCUUAUAUUCUAUUUCUUGGAUAACGAGCUCGUCGCCAAUGCCCUCUUUAUUGCUGAGCGACUGACUGUCUAUGAGCCCUCCGCUGACUCCGCCCAUCUGUCUUCUCUCUGUUUGCUGAGAUUGGGGAGAUUGAGUGAGGCGGCUGAUCAGAGUGAGAGGUAUGGGAAGAGUGGACAACAUCUUGGGUGUGCGUAUGUGUUCGCGCAGUGUUGUUUGGGUCUUGGUCAGUGUAGGGAUGGGAUACAGGCGCUUGAGCAGUGUAGAUCUUCGUGGGUUGAGGUAAAUAGUUGGGGAAAACACUCGGAAAGCAAUCGGCAAAUCCUCCCGAAUGCUGCCUCUAUAUACUGCCUGCUAGGAAAGUUGUUUGAAGGCUGCGAUGAUGUCAAAUCGGCAGUGGAAUGUUACAGUAAUGGCCUUAAGCUGAAUGCAUUUAUGUGGGAUGCAUUUACACGUCUCUGCGACAUAGGUGUCGCGAUCAACACAUCGAAUAUAUUCAAAGUAUCUCCAAACUUACUGGUUCCAACUUCAGAGCCAUUUUGUUCAAGAUCGUACGACUCGGAAAAUUCAGGAUACCCCUUGCAAGCAGAGAAUAGACCUAGUCAAACUCGAUUUGUGGGACUGCCAAAUGCCGAUCCAUUUGGUACAUCUACUCGACAUAAUCUUCAGGUCAGUCAGCCAUCGAGACGUGUUUUACGACCCGCCCAGAUCGCUCGUGAUACAACUUCGAAAAGCAAAGGCAAGAAGCGUAUAGCUACUGUUGCAAAGAGAAUACGCGCUCCCGAAGUGUCUUCUGAGGUCGAAACGCAGAUAUUGAGGGGCAGCGGAACCCAAACUCCAGAAUAUACUCUUCCAAGUGUCGCUUCACUUGCCACAAGGAGCCGAGCCUCCAGGACAGAGCCAUCCAGCAUACGUAGCGAAAGACGAACGUUUGUUCAAGGAGGGGAUGCUCAGUAUACAACAAAAGCCGAGUCUUCAGUCUCGAUCCCUGACGAGCAUCAAUACCCAACCAUAGUAGCUGGUCAUAAAAGGACACCGUCAGGACGACUGAUUCAAAACCAAACUCAAGAAUUCGUCAGGGAUCAGGUAGGAGCAAGGAAGAGUGUCCGUCAAAUGAAUCGAACUUAUGCUGUACGAACGCCGGAUCCGAAAACUGGUAGGACUGAACGUGAACGCGGGGUACCAACGAAUUCUAAAGUGAAGAAUCCUGCCACGAACAAGGCGCCGACUACGACAUUAUUGGGAGAUAGAAGUACGGACCAUAAAGCUUUUAGUCCCGAGUUCCAGAGUUCACAAACUAACAACACAUUCUCUCUAACACUAGAACGUCGACAAGCUCUCGAGUCCCUCCUAAGUCUCUUCAAACAGCUAGGAGAAAGCUACUACCUAUCAACGCACCACCAAACCCCUCUCGCCCUCCAUAUCCUCACCUCCCUCCCCAUCACCCACCAACAAACACCCUACGUCCUCUCCCACACCGCCCUCGCGCACUUCGAACUCGCAGACUACACCACCGCAGCCCUCACCUUCUCCACCCUCCGCAAACACUCCCCCCACCAAACCCAACAUAUGGACAUCUACUCCACGUGUCUCUGGCACCUUCGCCGCCCCAUCGACCUCACCCUCCUCUCCUACGAGCUCUCCGAACUCUCCCGCCACACCCCCGAAACCUGGUGCGCAAUCGGCAACUCCUUCUCCCUAGACCGCGACCACAGCAACGCCGGGAAAUGCUUCAAGCGCGCCACGCAGCUGAACCCAAAAUUCGCUUACGGAUACACGCUUGAAGGUCACGAGUACAUCGCGCACGAGGAGUUUGAGUUGGCGAUUCAGGCGUUCCGCAAGGCGGUGGUGGUUAGGAAGAGACAUUAUAAUGCGUGGUAUGGACUGGGGAUCGCGUUUUUGAGACUCGGAAAAUUCGCCUGCGCUGAAGCGUAUUUUAGGAGGGCGGCGAGGAUUAAACCGCGGUGUGAGGUGCUGGUGGGUGGUGUUGGAAUGGCACUCGAAGCUCAACGUAACUUCCCCGCUGCUCUAAAUCACUAUACCGCCGCCGCGAACCUCGCGCCAAAAUCUAUCGCGCCUCGGGAACGCAAAGUCCGUCUUCUUCUCCAGAUGAACGAUAUCAAAGCAGCAGCGUCGGAAUUAGAGGUCUUAAGGGGGUUGGCGCCGCAAAGGGGGUUUGUGUAUGUGCUGCUGGGAAGGAUGUAUGCUUUGGAUGGGGACAAGGAGAUGGCGGUUAGGAGUUUUGGGAGGGCGAUGGGGUUGUGUCCUGAGCGGGGUAAGGCGAUUACGGAGGAGAUGGCCGCAUUAAUUGAGGGAAUUGAGGAUGAGGAUAGUGAUGUGGAGAUGCUGUAG